AUCAUCAGCAAAGCUGGUAGACAGUAAUUGAUAAGCAAACAAAAGCUAGAUUGUCUUUUUGUGUCGCAGAUCAAGAAAUUUCUUCUUUUAAUUGUGUUUGAUUGAAAAAGAGUUGCUAAAAAUGGACUCUAACGCAUUGAAAGCCUUCGGUUUCGUUGCAUUUCCUCAUAUUGGCGGAAUUCUCGGAGGUCGAAUUACACAGAGAAACAUCAAAGGGUGGUACGAAUCUUUGAAGCGUCCUUCAUGGAGGCCACCAAACUACGUGUUUCCUCCUGUUUGGACGGCUCUCUAUUCUGGCAUGGGAUAUGCCUCGUAUCUCGUUUGGCGUGAUGGCGGAGGUUUUUCAGGUGAAUCAGCAAAACUGCCCUUAGCUUUGUACGGAGCGCAGCUCGCUUUGAAUUGGGCUUGGUCGCCGAUAUUUUUCCACUAUCACAACUUGUCGUUGUCCGCAAUGGAGAUCGUAUUAUUAACUGGAACUGCUGGCGCGUGUGCCGUUUCAUUCCACAAAGUGAACUCGACCGCUGGAUGGCUAUUGGCCCCAUACCUGGCAUGGUUGUGCUUCGCUUCCGUAUUGAACAUCAAAAUUUGGUGGGAUAAUCGUGGCGCAAUCAAAGAUAAGGAAAAUUAAGUGUUCAUUGAGCAAACAUGGGUGUGGCAUUUAAGUGAUGUUUUUUUAGAGCAAAAGCCUUUUAUCACGUUUUAAUUGUGAAAGUUUUAAAAUAAAUAAAGUUAUUCUUGGGUAAA